GCUAAAACAUUUAUUCCCUUUUUAAUUUGACGAUUACUCAAUGUGCAAACUUUUUUUGGGAGACCGGAAAGGAAAUGGAGUAACAUCUGAUAACAGAUGAAGCCUUGUCAUGUGAAGUCAUGUGAAGCUUUCAAUUGUUUUAUAGUCUUUGAUUGUUCAGUUUCAGAGGUGUGGCGUUUGUGCUCAUUACACAUACAGAGGACACAGAGUCUGUCAAUACUGAAACGACAGGAGUUUUGAGAGAACUUGACUUGAAUGUUUUACCAGAUUUAGUUGAAUAAUCCCAGAGAGAAGACAGGAGGGGAGAGAUGAAUAACAAUACGAUGUAUGCCAAUGCUUCUCAUGUAAACCAUGGGUUUCAACACGAGGAGCGGCGGCCCCCUCCAUAUGCGCCUUCAUCGGGACUCUACCCUGCUUUACCUCAGUACCACGGACACCAAAACGUAGCAUCUCAAUACCAGAUCGCUUCCCCCUCAUACCCUUCAGAGAGAUACCCGACCGCUCAGACUCAGAACCUACAUCAUUACACACCACAAACAGCACCUGUUAAUACCCAUCACACCGCCGCACCUGCCUUCCACUAUGCUGCUCCACCUGUUCACAAAGGUUCCAAGAAAAAAACUUGUACGUGUAUAACAAUCACAGUCAUCACCCUCCUGAUCAUUGCUGGGGUCAUAGCUGCACUGCUUUGGUAUUUUGGUGUAUUCAGCUGUAAUGGACGACAAUGUAAAGCAGAUAAUAUAUGUGUCAGCCACUCACAAUGGUGCGACGGUGUGCAGGAUUGUCCAUCAGGAGAAGAUGAAGCACAGUGCUUUCGUCUGUACGGAUCGAAUUUCCUUCUUCAGAUGUAUUCAAAUGAGAGUCGGAAUUGGGAGCCCGUGUGUUCAGAUGGAUGGAAUGAUGAGCUGUCAAAACAAGCAUGUGAGCAGAUUGGGUACCCCAGAAAUACUUAUGUAGGUUACAAUGUGAUUUCUUCGAGAGCAUCAUCUAACUCUGUGACGGUGAUGGCAGACUCUCUCAGUUCUAAUCCAAAUAUAACCACACAAAGUUUUCUCACUAAAGGUACAACCUGCGCAUCUAACACAGUAGUGACACUCAAAUGUAUUGAUUGCGGAAAAAACAUCGGGAGCAGAAUUGUGGGCGGCACCACCGUGACGUCAAAGGGGGUGUGGCCAUGGCAGGUCAGUCUGCAGAUAUCCAGGAAUCAUGUGUGUGGAGGAUCUAUUAUAACUCCUUACUGGAUCCUCACCGCAGCACAUUGUGUUGAAAAAUAUUCAGAUCCAAGGCAAUGGACCGUUUUCGCUGGAUAUCUGACUCAAAGUGAGAUGCAGUAUGCUAACGGCAAUUCUGUGAGCCGAAUUGUUAAAAACAAGUUUGACUCGACCACCAAUGAAAAUGAUGUUGCUCUCAUGAAGCUUAACAGUCCACUCACAAUGACAUCAAACGUCAGGCCAGUGUGUUUGCCUAAUGUAGGCAUGUAUUUCUCUGCACCAAGAGACUGUUAUAUCACAGGAUGGGGAGCGCUGUCUUUUCAAGGAUCUGGAUCAGAGACCCUACAAGAAGCCAAAAUCCAGCUGAUUGACAGUACGACGUGUAACAACUAUCAGGUGUACAACGGGUUAAUCACAAACACUAUGAUCUGUGCUGGCAAACUGGCGGGUGGAGUGGACUCCUGUCAGGGGGACAGUGGAGGUCCUCUGGUCACACAAGAUAAUUCUCUAUGGUGGCUGGUUGGGGACACUAGCUGGGGUGAAGGAUGUGCUUACAGAAACAAACCUGGAGUCUAUGGAAAUGUGACCUACUUCCUUGACUGGAUAUAUCAACAAAUGCAGACAUAUUAAUUAUUUGUCAUAAUAAAGAAGAUUUGACAAGAGCGACUGAUCAAAACCACAGAUUUUGGACUGCUGAGUGUCCAGGAUAUGCAACAUUUCACUGCUUAUUCUUUUUUCUUUUGUAUUAUUUUAUUAUUUUCUUUUACAUUUAUCCAAAAAAUAGCUAUUUAUUUUCACUAGUGCCAAUAGCGUAGUAAAGUUCACAACAUGUAAAUUGUUUUAUCUUAAUGUAUGUUUUUAUAUAAAGAACACAAAUGAUUGUAUUUAAAUGUACUGAUGCUUUAUUACAUCACUGACACAUGACUGUACUGUGGGUUUCUAUGAUGUGUUGAUGUAAAAUUGACAAAAGCUU